UUCCAUAUUUGCGUUAUGAUAUAUGUCCUGAAUCUGUGAAAGAUGAUGGGAAUGAAGAUAAAGAUACCAAAACAUGUUGCUUCAACCUUCUUUACUCUUUGUGACGCUGAUCGUAUAGAGAUUAAUUCUUUAAUAAAAUUUGUUGACGCUAAAAGGCGGAUAUUGCAUGCAUUUACUGAUUUAGACGAUAUAUUUUUGGAAGGCCCGCUUAAAUUAGAGGAUAUUAUUCUUUCUGGAUUUAAUGUUUUUAAUCUAAUUAAUUCGUUUUCGUCAAAUCCUUCGCCUAUUUCUGAGAAGGAAUUGGAUGAGUGGAGAUUAGAUAUAGAAACUGUUGGAAUAUUUAAUAAAAGAGUCAUUAAAAGUAUUAUUGUUGAGAGAAUGGUUUUUGUUGCUUUUGCAAGAAAUAUGCCUGUAUUUAUGAAAUUAUCUUUAUCGGAUCAGAUUGCUCUACUUCGGCACACGCUUUACUAUGGUGCAUCUUUUGUUAAUAGCUAUCUUUCUUACGAACUUGGCGCUGAUACAUUUAUACGGAAAGAUUUUGUUAUGCCCGUGAUUGGCAUACUUCAUUGUGAAUAUUUAAAAAAUGAUGAUUUGUAUGUUAAUCUUGAUUAUUAUUUAUAA